AUGGUACCAGGGGAAACAGUGUUCCAUCAUCCCCCCAUCUGUCACCCAUCUCUAGACAUCACAGCCACACACCCACACAACAAAGCUAAACACCUAGGCCUACAAUUCUUCCCACAAGUCAACUCCCCUCACGUGACGUUAGAACCACUUGGCCUCAAGAGCACCCCACAAAGGCCACACCAACCCAUUACCUCAGCAGAAGUCAGAUCCGUGCUUGAACUCACAUCCAACCGUUCUGCCCCAGGCGCUUUUGGAUCCAACUACCAACUACUCAAGUGGGCCUUCAACGCCUCCCCAGAUAUCUUUGUCAGACUAUUCAACCUAUGUCUAGAGAUUGGUUAUCACCCCACCGCCCUUUGUAAUUGUAUCAUUGCCCCCAUCCCCAAACCCAACUGCGCCAACAUGUCCACCCCUAAGAACUACCAUCCUAUUGCCUUACUAGAGACACUAUCCAAAUUACUUGAGAAAUUUGGAGGCAAGGACAUCACCUCCUGUACAGAUGCUGGGUUAUGCAUGGUACACAACAUCUGCACAGCAUGGAAGUCCAACAAGGCAGCAUCCCUAUUGACGUUAGACGUGUCAGGCUACUUCAACAACGUUGACCAUGCUUGUCUGAUCUACACCCUAGAUUGCCUUGGUUACUCAAAUAACAUUUGCAAUUGGCUGCAAUCUUACCUAAGCAACCGCACAGCCCAAUUUUGCAUUGAUGGCAUUCUAUGCCCACACUUCCAACUGCUGGACGUUGGCAUCCCCCAGGGCUCCCCACUAUCCCCUGUCCUAUCUUUGCUAUACUCCAUCCCUCUUCUCCUUGCUUCCAUAGAUCUUCAAGCUCACUUGUUUGCUUACAUAGACAAUUUCACAAUCCUUGCCUACAGUCAUUCACAUCAAGAAAACAUCAAUGUCAUCACCAAUGUCAUCAAGAACAUCAAUCAAGUUGCUAUCAAGCUAGGCCUAGAAUUUGAAUUACCUAAGUCUGACCUCAUCCAUUUCAUUUGUUCUCCUAAAACUCCUCAUUCCAAUCCAUCACUAACCUUUUCCCACUCCGGUACAGAUACUACCAUCAGUCCAAAAGAUGUUGUUAGAUGGCUGGGAUUCUUUCUGGACAGGAGGCUCAAUUUCAAGGAGCACAUCCAAACCAUGGCCAUCAAAGCCAAAGCCACCCUGGCUGGUUUGCAAAUGCUAGCCAACUCCCAGAAUGGACUCUCAGUAUGUCACACACGCAUCUUGUUUAAGGCUAGUGUCACCCCAAUCUUGACCUAUGGGCUCCCUCUGUGGUUUCAUGGGCGUAGGCAAUUGUUGUUGCUUGAACCACUUAGGAAAGUCCAGAAUCAAGGUUUGAGGUGGAUACUUGGUGCCUUCCAAACCACUCCUUCCAGAUGCAUGGAACACCUUGCUUCCAUACCCCCCCUUCACAUUGCCUGCCUUAGAAUUGUUGAGAACCUUGCUAGAAAACUCAAACCCAUACCUGCACUUGCCAAAGUUGCGCAUAGACUACCGCUGGAAUGGGACUUGUCCACAGAGCUCCAACACAAUCCCAAAUCCCCCAUUACCUUUGCGGCGUCACUCUCACACCCAGACAUUGAGUUCAUCACACCGUACCUUGUUCACCCAUCCAAACCCAACACACCUUGGCCCAAGCAGCUAGAAAUCAAACACAAGUCACCCGCCCCCUUGAAGAAAGCUGCCACCAAGAUCAUCCAGAACAAAAUCAACAAAGCCAAAAGCAACCACCUGGGAUACACUGUCCAUGGGUUCUCAGACGGGCAUGCUGGAACCCUCAACAGCAUCCCCAAGGCCGGCCUAGGCUACAUUGUCAAAUACAGUCAUAAAGUCCUAGCAAGGAACUCACACAGCAUUGGCCCCAGAGCCAACAUAUACAACGCUGAAAUGUUAGGGAUUGCCAUGUGCCUUAACAGUGCAGUCCGCAUAGCCAAGCAGGUUCAGGCAAAGCAAAUCAUCAUAUAUUGCAACAACCAGGCAGCUGUCAAAGCCAUAUCAUCAUUACACAGACACCCCGCCCAAUACGCAUCAAGAGCAUUCCAUCAACACACCCAGCAGUUCCUGGAAAAAGACACAUCCCACCACAUCACCGUCAAGUGGCUACCAGGACACACCAAAAUCAAUGGAAACAAACUUGCAGAUGAAGCAGCAAAGGGGAGCAAGAUGCUCCAACCCACCCCUGUAUUCAACAGAACCAUAACAUGGGCAAGAACUAGAGCCACAAAACAAGCCAUGUCAAGCUGGGGCAAAGUCUGGAACAAACACAUCCUAUUGCGUCCAGACUUGGGCACUUACAUACCACGCCCACCCGCCCUGAAACUACACCCCAUAUUCAACCAACCCACCGCUUGCUUCCACCCUCAUAUUGACCCACAAUGCCAAUGUGGCAAACCAUCACAAACGCCCAAGCACAUGCUCAUGUUCUGUCCAGAAACGGAAAAAUACAGGCACAUCAUCACUGACGCAUUGCCUGAGCACUCCUGGGAGGAGAUCUUUGGAACACUGCUGGGACUGGAGGCAGUAUCUGAGUUCAUACUGAAGUCAGGAAUCAGAAAGUGUAGAGAUCCGCCGGCUGCCGCUCAACCUCUGUAG